AUGAAAUACGAAAUCAGCUACCAUAGUGACUCCGAGACGAUGGGAAGUCGAGCGCAGUCUGUCAUCUGCGACAAGGUCCUUGCUGGGUUACCCCAGCUUCUCGACGACCUACAGAAGCUCUCCGAAGAUCAGGAUACGUCGGACGUGGCAUUUGUGUUGGGAUCUGGCGAAGAACGUGUCUACGCACACCGCAUCAUUCUAAUGGCUCGGUGUAAAUCUUUUCAAAACACAAAACGGGGCGAAAUUUGCCGCAUUCCUGGCUGUACGGUUUCCACCUCCGCUCCGGGGACACCAACACCCAUCCGCUUGCCUCACAUCGAACCGGACAUCUUCCGGCAAUUUAUUUUGUAUGUUUACACGGCGAAGAUUAUGCUUCAGGACUCGAAAGUAUUCGAAAUGAUGACACUGGCGCAGGAUAUGGGCGUCGAAGAGCUGAAGAUUGCUUGCGAGGACCACGUCAGCAAAACCAUGUCGGUCGCUAAUGCGUGCACAUUUUUAACGGCUGUUAUGGAAAUACAAGAAAAGGCAUCAGGUGCCAAGUGUGCAGCCCCGUUUCUGGAGAAAUGCAUCACAUACAUAGCAGAAAAUGCUUCCGAAUGCGUGAAAACCAACGCUUUCUUGAAUCUGACGAAGGAAGGGCUCAUUCAAGUAAUUUCAUACGACAAUCUGGGACUAGAAGAAGAAGAUGUUUGGCGUUGCGUUCUGGCAUGGGCAAAAAACCAAGCAGGAGUAACUCAACCGACCGCGCACUGGACGGAGGAAGAAAGGCAACGGGUAUGCCAGUACCUGGCACCAGUUAUUUCACACGUUCGACUGUUCCUGAUUGAUAGCCAAGUGUUUGCUGAAGAAGUUGAACCAACCGGAGCCGUUCCAAUUGAACUUUCCCUUGAAAGAUAUCGCCGGGCCGCGCUGCACUCAAAUAAGAUCCCUACAGUGACAGCAACUGCGGUGCCUGUGCCGUCGGGUCCAUUGACUGAAAAUGAUAAACGUUUGCAACCACGGUUGAUGUUGAAUCUGUUCCACGGCUCAGCGAUACUGAAGAAUGAUAAAAUUCAUUUCCAAGGCACCCUAAAUGGCUGGUAUGGAGCUUCAAAACAAACGUGGCGCAUGGUGUACCGGGCAUCAACGAACGGAUUCGCUGCAUCUGCUUUCCAUCGACAUUGUGAUGGUGUUGCGCCAUUAUAUAUCAUCGCAUUGGGUUCCAAUGGAGCUAUAAGCGGCGGUUUCACAGAUGUUGCGUUUGCAAAAACCAACCGGAAGGGAGGAUACCUUCACUCGGAAAAGGCCUUCCUGUUCGCGCUCAAUUCUAGCAACGAGUCGCCAGCAAAGUUCGAUAUCGUAAAGAAACCAUAUGCAAUCUGCUAUCACCCAGACUGCGGACCCAUCUUCGGAGCAGGCGCUGAUCUUUUAAUUUCUAAUAAUUGCAACAUCAACAUGGAAUCGUACUCUAACUUUCCUCAUUCCUACGAUGGACCGAACUCUAUGUUUGGUCAUUUGUUUGGAGAUUAUAAUUUUUCCAUCAUCGAUUACGAAGUUUUUACACCUGCUCCGACCUCAGCUCCUGCUGCGAACAAAAUCAAACACGAUCGUUACUGA